ACUCACAGCAGCGGAAGCGGCGGCGCAGAGAGCGCUGAGUUCGGCGUGAGCUCGGCGACGGUGAUGAUGAUGAUGAUGGACCCGCUGGACGCGGUUCUGGACGAGGUGGCGCUGGAGGGUUUGGACGGCAUCAGCAUUCAGACCCUGUGGCUGCGGCUGCGGAGUCGACAGCCCGAGCUCGGUCUGAAUCUGGACCCGCUCAGUCAGCAGUUCAUCUGGAGCUGCUUGAUCCGAGCCGCGGAGAUCCGCUUCUACCUGCUGCCGGAGCACCGGAGAGCCGUGACCCUGCGCGACCGGUUUGUGGAGGUGGACCGGGACACCGGUAUCCACGAGAUGCAGGAGGCAGAGCCGCUGGACGUGUAUCCGGUGAGUGUGGUGACGGAGGAUCCGGGCGGCGUUCAGGGCUCCUGUCAGUUCUUCAGGGAGCGUGAGGACGUGAGCGAGCAGAUCCGGAGCGCUGAUCUGGGAGCGCCGCUGACGCUGGAGCAGGUGCAGAGCCGCUGGAGCGAGAGGCUGGUGCUGGUGGCGUCUCAGGAGCGCCGCUAUCGAGCUCUGAUCGGAGACGAGGGAAACCCCGAGCUCAAGCUCCACUACAUCCUCUACUGCAUCCUCCACACACUCUGCCACGCACACCUGCAGAGAGACCUGCAGAGAGACCUGCACACACGCAUCUUCAGAAUGGAUGCAGGGAAGAUGCAUUACCUGCGGAGGAAGCUGGACAGGAACGGGCUGAUCACGCUGCAGUCACACGUGGCUCGUCUGCCGUCCGGAGCCCAGCAGCACUCGCUCCUGCUGCUGCUCAAGCGCUUCCACGUGGACAGGAGGAGUAAGUACGACAUCCUGAUGGAGUCCACGUCUAACCUUCUGUCUGAGCUGCCCGACAAGACCGGCAUCAUGAUGAAGCUCCGCGAGCAGCUGCGUGUGAGCGACCGCACGUUCAAGCGCGUCUAUCAGUACAUGCUGGCCGCCAAGCUGGUGAGCGUGGUGAGGAUCCCUCUGAAGGAGCUCGACCCCGGCGGAGGACCCUUCAAAACGCUGCGAGGCACUGAUGUGUUCGUGCGCUGUCUGAAGCUGCUGAAGCCGUACGGACAGAAGGAGGCGGAGGAGGACGAGGACGACGAGAACAACGACGAAGACGGCGACGCGUCAGUCAAGAGGAGCGUCCUCGGCGAGCCGCGCAUCAUCGAGCGGGACAUGCUCACGCAGGCCUACGACAUCGUGGUGUCGACCGGGACUAGAGGGAUCUCUCAGUCGCUGCUGCGAGGACGGCUCAACAUCGGGAAGCUGGAGGGACGGAUGGUCUGCAGAUUACUGGAGCGAAUCGGCAUGAUCAAGGGCUUCAUGGAGGACGAGGGCCGGCAGAGGACCACCAAAUACAUCAGCAAGCUGUUUGUGGAGCAGAGCCAGCUCAACCAGCAGUUCACUAAAGAGCGGCAGCGCAGCCAGCACCUGCGCGUCACACACCUCACCGAACCCCGGGAACAGGAAGUGAAGGACACCCCGCAGAAAACACACACACCCCAGCAGCUCAAGCAGUCCAAACUCAGCUUCAAAAAACAGGCCACGCCCCUCAAAAAGAAGCCCUCUGCGCGAGUGGGCGGGGCUAAAGCCUCUCAGAAGGCGGAGGCUGCUGACUCCGCCCCCAGCGCGAGCGCCAGCCAAUCACAGCAGCCCAAGGACACGCAGCCGGUGAUCGUGGAGGUGCUGACGGAGAAGCCGAAGAAGGUGGAGGUUCACGAGACGUACCGCCUGCUGAAACGCAAGAACAUGAUCAUCGAAGCCGUGCGCUGCAGCAAGAUCAUCGAGGGCUUUUACACGCUGCAGAAGCUGCUGACGGAGGAGGAGAAGAAGGACGGCAUCAACACUAAAGUGUGUAAGAAGAGCGUGGUGAGGCUGAUCCGCUCGCUGUCUCGAGAGGGACUACUCAAACUCUACAACACCAUCGUCAUACAGGACGGGGUGCAGAAGAAGGUGGAGUUCGUGGUUCACCCGUCUGUGGCGCCUGACGAUCCGCUGGUCAAAAGUGCCAUCGAGCAGAUCCGCCUGCGUAUGUCCAGCUCUGCCUCGGGCGCCCGCGUUGAGCCACAGCCUGAGAAGCCGAAGCCCAGCACGCCGGAGAAGGAGAAUAAAGCAUCACGAACGUCUAAGAACAGUGGCCUGAAAAAAGUGUCUGAGCAGAUGGGCGUCAAAACGCUGAAGUCCUUCCGGCCAGUGCUGGUUCCAGGACUCGGCCGAUCCAUGGGCUUCCUGCCUAAGAUGCCCCGCCUGCGCAUGGUUCACUCCUUCCUGUGGUACCUGAUUCACGGGCAUCCGCUCAGACGGUCCGAUCCCGAUGCACCGCCGCCGGAGGAAGACACCUGUGCGAGUGAAGGCCAGUUUAAGGGUGAGUGCAAAGUCAGGUGAGGCAUGUGUGAGACGCGAGACUCUCUCAAACACACUGUCUGUGUGUGUGUAGUGUACGUGAACGAGAACAGCUGGAAGAGGUACGUCCCUCCCAUCCCGCUGCACAAGGACUUCGGCUUCGGCUGGGCCCUCAUCAGUGACGUGCUGGUGUCGCUGCCACUCAGCGUCUUAAUGCAGGUCGUCCAGGUCAACUAUCAGGUUGAGGGUUUGGAUCAGUACCUGAAAGAUCCAGUGAAGCAGCAUUAUCUGAUCCGAUUCCUGCCUUCUGAGGUUAAACGACAGCUGCUGCACAAGAGGAAGUACAUCUUCAGUUUCCACGAGAGUCUGCAGCGGUUGUGUUUCAUGGGUCUGCUGCAGUUCGGCCCCACUGAGAAGUUCAUGGAUAAAGACCAGGUGUUUGUGUUCCUGAAGUCGAAGGCCAGGAUCGUGGACACGACGGUGUGUGACCCGCACUAUAACAUGGCCAUCGAGAGCCUGCGUCCGUUCGAGAGGAGACACUACGUGUUCAACAGAGCGCAGGACGUGGAGAACUACUGGUUCGACCUGCUGUGUGUGUGUCUCAACACGCCUCUAGGUGUGGUUCGGCCGCGUCCCAGCGAAGGUGCAGCGGAGACGGAGGAGUCUGAUGUCGUCAUGGCAACGGAGAGCAACUCCAGGCUUCUGUAUACGCUACAGGGCAGCUGUGACGUGGUGGAUGACGGCGUUACCCCUGGCGACGGGCAGGGCGCCGGCGGACUCGACUCUUCCUUCUUCAGCCAUCUGAAACGCAACUGGACCUGGACCAGUCACCUGAUCAACCCCGGCAAACAGAGCACUGGAACCCAAGAGACAGGAACCCAUCAUACGGUCAGACUGAGGAACCUGCUGUCCAAACUGCCCCCGCCCAAACCUGCCACGCUCACCGCGGCUCAGAGCGGCGUGAAGGUGGCGCCCCCUGCUGUCCUGGAGGAGGAGGUGCGCACCAGCUCAGAGCCGUCCAGCAGGAACCAAGAGGUGCGCGGAGGACGAAACCUCAAACGCAAGAGAGAGAAGAAGGAGAGCACCAAACCCGCCCGCAAGAAGAAGAGAGUGCGUCCGAGCAGACAGAGUCAGGCUCAGGAUGAGACGGACCGCCGCGCUCUCCUGCAGAUGACCAGACAGAGAGUCACCUGGACACACAUGGAGGACAGCCUGCUGAUGCUGUGCCGCGUCGCCAGCCACUUCCUCAACCGCAAGCUGAAGAGGCCGUUCGUGCCCUGGACGGUGGUGCGUGACGUGCUGCACGCUGAGUUUGAGUUAUCUCUGGAUAAAACAUCGCUGUCUGUCGGCCGACGCGCACGCUACAUCAUGAAGAACCCACAGACCUGCCUGAACUACAGGAUUUGUCUGGCUGAGAUGUAUCAGGAUAAAGAGCUGAUGGCCAAAUUCAUGAACCGAACUGGAGACUAUAAUGAUGUGAAGGUGUGUGCUGUGGAGUAUAAGGAGUUUCUUCGCGCUCUGAGGUCAAAGUUCAGCACCAGCUACGGCUCCAGUGAUGUCAUCAUACCAGACACCAGAGAGCAGCUCUUCAACAAGUUUAAGGUGUUUGCGAUCGGAGACGGAUCAACUGAACGUUCUAAAGACAUCAUCAAGAGGAAGGAGGACAUUCAUGUUCUGGUGCUGUUUAAUUUGAUUCAGAGCACACUAGUGCUCACCAACGCCCAGAUGAAGAACUACAGGCCCUUCCAGACGUUCUGUCUGUACACGCGCUACAGGGAGGAGGUUUUGUCUCAGGCCUUCCAGACGUGUCGUAAUCGUGCGCUAGUGAACCGCCGGCGGCCCACGUCCGUCUACGGCCUGAAGAAGUGCCACGCGCUGCCCUUCCUGCCCAUGUCCUACCAGCUCUCACAGCACUACUACAAGUUCUUCACCUGGCGUUUCCCCAGCACCAUCUAUAAAGAGGCCUUCGAUCUGCUGACGGGUUUGUGUGAGGCCGGGCGCAGCGACAGACUCAACAGCUUCUCCUUCCAGAAGGAGCCUGAGACGCAGGGAGCGCAGCCGGAGACGGACGAGGACCAGACGCAGGGCAUGCUGCAGUUCCCCAUGGACGCUCCGGGGGGCGCCAGCGCCUGCUGCCUGACCCUCAUGACCCUGGGGCUGCUGUCUGUGGACGUCAGCAUCCCGCAGCAGAUCGUGGUGGUGGACAGCACGAUGAUGGACAGCGAAGUGGUCAAGAGCCUCACUAAAGCACUGGAGGAGGAAGAGGAGGAGGAGGAAAGUGAGAGGAAGAGGAGGCUGGAGGUCAAACCCACUCAGGCGUCUCACACUAAUUACCUGCUGAUGAGGGGAUAUUACACACCUGUCCUGCGCUCCCAGACACACAACUCCAACAGCACCGACAGCAUCAUGGUCAACACCUGCAACGUCCACCUGCGGCUGAGACAGACGCCCGCACACACACUGUUCAGCAGCAGCGGUCAGUGCACACACACACACACACACACACACACACACACACACACUGUUUCAGCAGCAGCGCGUGCUGGGAUACGGAGCGCAGGCUCCGUGCACUCCUCCGUCUCUCCCGCUGUUCUUCACACGCAUGUAUCGCUCGGCUCCGUCGAUCUGCAGCUGUUCCUGGAGCGCUGUGUGAGCGUGCUGGGAUACGGAGCGCAGGAUGUGCAGGCGGUGACGGAGAUCAGGCGCGCCGUGGAGGAGGGGGCGGAGUUUGGCGUUGACAGACAGGACCUCUGCGAGCGCUUCUUACACCUGGACCUGCCUGAGGAUGGGCGGAGCAGAACACUCCUGCAGUACAUACAGGAUCUGGUGGACGGGGAGCAGCUGGUGGAGGCGGGCGCUCUCUCCCAGAGGCUGGUGUGUGCAGAGGCCGCGUCUCAUUGGCUGUUACAGAGCAGGUGUGGGAGUGUGCAGAUGCAGCAGGCUUCCCCAACGAGAAGCCCCACCCUCGACUCCGCCCACGACACACCCCCACCUGCUAAGAGACGGGCCGUGGAAUCAGAACUACAGGAGUCAGUCUCUGAGGAUCCCGUCUCCACGGACACAGCUGUCAAUCAGACUGUUGCCAUGGGACCUGUUUCCACAGACACAGCUGAAAAUCGGUCCAUGGAGAUUGAUGCUGAGGAGGUGGUUGCUAUGGAGGAGGCGGUCCAUAAAGAUGAUGGAGGCUCAGAACAGCAUAUGUCAGAUGACAAAGGCCCCGCCUCCUCUCAGAUGAAAGACGGAGCUGAAGGAGCUGCUGAUCAGGACACACACAGCGGGUCGGUGUGGUUCGUCAGCCGGCCGUGGCGUGUGGUGGACGGCUCGCUCAAUCGGCCCGUGUGUAAAGGCAUGCUGGAGUCUCUGCUGCUGCACAUCAUGUCCAGCCCGGCGCUGCUGGAGUCCCAGCUGCUGCAGCACUACAGUCAGGUGCUGCAGCCUGUGGUGGUGCUGGAGCUGCUGCAGGUCCUGGUGGAUGUGGGCUGCGUGAGGAAGCGCUACACCGUCCAGAAGCACAAACCGUCGCUCUUCUCCAAGCCCAGAGUGCCGCAGGUCAAAGGUCAGGCCGAGGUCAGCCUGAGGGACGCUGGGACGGUGUUUUACGAGCCGACGGUGGACUGCGUGCUCAGACUGGCGCGGGUCUUUCCUCACGAGCUCAACUGGAACAAAUGGGUGCAGCUGUGUCUGCGCUCGUGAGGCUGAUCGUGUUUCAGUUAAACAUGUUUUCUGAGCAGCCAGCUGUUGUAUUUUUUUUAUUUAUUUUGAUAAACAAUGAGGAAAUGCUGAAUGUGAACGUUACAGAGGAAGAGGAUCUGAAGCAGCUCGAAACAGUUGAGAAAUAGUUGUGUGAAGGUCUCCCACUGGGAACUGGCUUUAUUGUAGACAUUUCUGGAGAUUAAUCACGCCACAUCUGUUUAUAAAGUUAAUUUUCUUUUAAACUUGUGUUUCAUUCUUACUAAUAAAUAGCAAGAGCUUGUGAAAAUA